AUGGCGCGCUGCGAAUCUCGCAGCGCGUCUGUUGGCAGUGAACUACCCGUCCUCGCGGCGCGCUCUGGCGGGCUCCCCAGCAAGCUGCCACUUACCUACUCUAGCCACGUCUCCGAGUCAAAUCCCGUCCGCAAAUCUGUCGCUACCGUCGUCGCGUUCCACGUCCAUCGCCACCUGAGACCUACGUCCCCAGCCCGUAAACGCGGGGAGCAAGGUUCAAGCACCGCUCAAGAUGAAGGUGGACCAUCUAAGGCACGGAAGGGCGCCGCCUCAGACGUUGCCGGCUCGACUUCGCGCGACGCAAACAGCGGCAGGAACGGCCGUGGGAACGAUAGUCCGAAGGAUGGUCCGAAGGCAGGCAACAAACCGAAGGAUGGUCCGAAGACGGGCGACAAACCGAACGGAAAUAAGAAAGCAAAUGCGAAGGACAGUGGGAAGAAAGACGGCGGGAAGAAAGACGGCGGGAAGAAAGACGGGAACGGGAAGAAGAGAGGUGAUGAUGCGGACACUGUUGGCGCGACCAACGGCAAGGUAAGGAGAGGCGAUCUGAGGGAACAACUGGGUUCUGCGUCACUGCACUACUGA